AUGUCCGGUUUCGGUCUACCGCCGACAACCACGGCUCCUAGUUUUUCAUUCGGAAGCACGAGUUCGGCGCCAACUUUUGGAACGCCACAGGCCGCUGCAAAUACAACGGCUGCUUCGUUGACUUUUGGAAGUUCGCCAGCUGCUCCAGCUUUCGGUGCAACGGGACUCACAUCUGGUAGUUUCAGUUUUGGUGCAACCACAGCUGCACCAGGAACUACUACAGCAGCCGCACCUGGUUUCACUGGCUUCGGUGCUCAACCAAAGACCACUGCUCCUACAUUGGGAUUCAAUCUAACAACAAGCGCACCCGCGACGGGUUUUAGUUUCGGCGCAACUCCUGCAGCUACAGCGCAAACUCAACCUCUUUUAAAUUUCUCAAAAACCACGACUGCACCGGGUCUAACAUUUGGUACAAGCACAACUACAACAGCUACUCCUUUCACUGGCUUCGGAACAGGUGGCAGUUUAUUUGCUAAGCCUGCUGAAACCACUGCAACAAACAUAUUUGGGACAAGUUCUGCUCCUACAACUGCACCUUCUCUUGGACUAGGUGGAACUGAUUUGAAUGCCUCGCAACCAAAGUCAACGGAAGGCAAGCCAGACAGCGUAAAGGCUAAAGAAACUCAAGUGCCAGAUCAAAUAAUUAAAACAGUAGAUAAUCUUAAGAAUUAUAUCAAAGAACAGAAAACAUGCAGUUCCGAAAUAGCUCGCGCAUCGUCGAGAAAACUGUUCACAGUAUCAAAUGAAAUCCAAUGUCUGAAUUGGUCACUACAAGAAAUAGCUAAUAAUUUAGAAAGUAAUUACAGCAAAGUGAAAUUGCUACGUUCGGACACUUCGCAAGCUAUUCAAUGGGCUGAAAUGGCGCAACGAACCCAAGAAACGCCCAUGGGUUUGCAAUUCGAAAACACCGCACCAUUCCAUUUUUUCCAACAACUUGUACAGAAAUACGAAUCAGACUUAAUAACGUUCCGUACGCAAGUGGAAUUGACAGAGAAGCACAUGCGAGCGCUAACGAAUCCGCAACAGUUUACGGCGGACGAUUUGAAGCGCGGAUUGCAGCAAAUUCAUGAAAGUUUUGUGGCUUUGGCAGGAAGACUACAAGAAUUACACACAAAAGUUGAAGCACAAAAGGAACAAUAUCUGAACCUACGCAAAUACAUGUUACGUGAUAAAUCUAAUGUAUUCGCUGAACUAGAGGUUGACGAAUCGAAAACAACUUCAACGAAAAUAUCAUCGGGUCCAACUCCAUUUUCCAUGUUGUCCAGUCUGCAGUUAGGAAAGACGUCGGUUACUCCGAAUCAAGAAGCUUUUGUUCAAAGUAUUCAGCCGACAGUCGGUAACAUAUUCCUCCGAAAUGAGACUGUUGGAACCAACAGCAACCAGAAUAUUUGGGGAUCACGUCUUGGAGCGAAUGUUUUCGGCACUAGCAAGAGCAUCGGUGGUGAAAGUAGUAACCAACCAACUACAACAAAUUGGCCAAAUUUUGAUUCUGAUAAAGCGACACUGAAUGUAAAGCGCAGUAAGAACUGAACAAUUGAAUAGUGUAAGUUCGGAAUUUGUGAAUGAUUAUUUAUAAG